GUCUGUCUGUCUGUCUGUGGGACUCAACGCAUCGUUCGCCUAUGUAAUCCCUUUGCCCACGUGUCUAUCGCUCGCCGACACACAAGACACAUACACACAUAGCUAGUAGACACCAACCAGGCACACGGCGCACACAGCACACACACAUAGCUGCAUGCACCACGGCCUCCCGUCCCCCACGCAAAGAAAGGGGUGUGGGCGCACCACCCAGGAGCGGCACACACAACGAGCAUCCGAAUGAUGUGAUGCAUCCGAUUGAUGCACACCUGAACCGAAAAAUCACUCGCCCGUGACACAUUAACACACCAACACUACUGCACAUAGACGGGCUCACACGGGGUGGUCCUAGCGACGCGGUACUCCUCCUCUGUGGCCUUGCCCAGCUCGUAUCUCAAAUACUCGCUCAGCAUCAGCAUCAGCAGCGACACCUCGGGCGACGACAUGGGGACCAUGUGAGACGCGUUGUACAGCCGCAGGUACGACAGGCGGCCGACCGACUUGUACGCACCACCAGCGCUGCGGCCGUGGACCUUCCAAUCGCACAACUGCAAUCCAGCCAUCCAUCCAUCCAUCCACAGACGCACACACACAGAUACACACACACGCACAGAGAGAGACAGAGAGAGAGAGUGAGAGAGGGAAGAUGUGUGUGUGUGAGUGUCUUACCGGUCUGUGUCUGAAGUCGUCGGCACGCUCCCACGUGAGCAGGUUGACCCAGUCGAGGCCGCCCUUCCAAUUGCACAUGAAGUCCUGAUCGCCAUAGUAGAACAAGGCAGACUUCCCAGCAGACACUACAAACGACGCGGCUGCCAGCGAGCUGCUGAUGGAAUCGUUGAGCAAACUCCUCUGCAGCUGCACUCACGCACAAAGAGAGAGCGAGAGAGAGGGAGGGAGGGAGAGAGGGAGGGAGAUGGGAUGGUGGCCCUUGUGUGUGUGUGUGUGUAUGUGUAUGUGUAUGUGUAUGUGUGCUGUGACUGACCCAUCGGUCGCAGAAGGGCCAGGGCGCACGACCUCUAAUCGACACGAGAACACCAUCCUCACCGCCAUCUAUCUCACUCCGAUCAUCGAAGACCCCAUCGACACACAGAGCGCUCCGCACCUCAUCCCGUUCGAAAAACCUCUCAAUGCCGCCCAUCUCGUGGCAGUACGGCGGUGGCUGCAACACACACACACACACACACACACGCCAUGUGCACAGAUUGUGUCGUGUCUGUCUGUGGCUGGCUUACGGAGCAUUUCUGUCUGAUGUCGUAGGGGCUUGUGUCGCCGAGGAGCCGCAGGGCGGUCUGGUAGCAAGCAGCGUCCACCCCUUCCCACCGGCCGCUUCGCAGCGCUGCGUCGCACUCAUUCGCGAAGACUGCAUCAGUGCGGACCACACACACACAGGUUGACCAACUGAGGAUCUGUCUGUCUGUCUGUCUGAUGCCCACUUCGUUUGGCCUCUUGGUAUGUCGCUGCGUCGAUCAUGCGGUUGGCCCAGGCGUACUCGGCAAAUGACGGGAACUGUGUGUGGGGGUCCACCCACCCGUUGCCGAUCGCAAUACCUGAACGAAUGGACGGUCAGAUGGGUGGCUGGAUGAAUGACGCAGAAACGGUGCCAGCUAGGUGUGUGGGUGUGGAACCUACCGUGGAGGCGCAGCCCCUUGAUGGGGUGCUGGAUGAGGUAUUUGGCCAUGUGGGGAAUGUAGUGGCCCGAAUACGACUCACCCAUCAUGAUAAAUGGCCUGUUCGUUGGAACCCACACACACACCCAGGGGAACGAACACACGUGUGUGUGUGUGUUUGUGUGUGACGUGUUUGUGUCUGGGGACGGACGUACCUGUCAAUGUGCUCUGGCCAUUCUGCCAGAAAGCCGCUCAAGAAGUGCCACAUGUCUGCAUGGGAGGGAGAGAGGGAGGGAGGGAGAGAGAGAGAGAGAGAGAGGGAGGGAGACAGAGAACCAUCCCAUCCACGAGUGCACAUUUCCUCCUGCGCGUCCAACAGGCACGUCCACUCACUCCCUCACUCACGCACCCUCAGCGAUCUCUCGUUGGGUGGUCACAUGAGGUUGGUCCGUCCGCGAGAAGCCCACCCCCAGUGGCUGGUCCACAUACAACAUGUGGGCCACGCGAGACCUGAUCAACCAACCAACCAACCAACCCCACUCACAGACAGCCGCAUUUUGGCUUGGUUUACGCACCACGAGUACUCAUUCUGGGCCAGUGUGCCGUUGGGCAGCAGCGUGAACGGCCCAUUCUCGGCGAUCCACGCAAGCUCUGAUGAGCAGCCGGGACCUGACCACCCAAGCAAUCAGUCAACCAGCCACACCCAGGCCCACACCGUACACACGUCUGUCUGUCGACACGUAGACAUACAUAGAGGGCGGUGCGUGCGUGUGUGUAGCAUACAUACCCUGUAGGCCCAUGUGUGGGAGAUCACCGCCUGUGAGCCACAUGAUGAGGGGAAGGGGAUCGUUGUCGUUGUCGGGGUCGUUGCUCUUACUCGGAAACAUGACGUAGAACAUGGUGCUGCGGCUGCUUCUCUUGUCGCGCACAGGAAUGUGCCCUGCAUCAAUCCCUCCAUCCAUUCACCCACCCAUUGUCAAUGCAAUGUGUGCAUACCUGAGUACAUGGUCUCGUUGAAGAAGAUGCCGCUCGAGUUGACUCGCUGCCGCCGCGGCAGCACAAUGUGUAUUCCGUGGGGUCUCUGCCGCCAUCCCCACCACGAGAGGCACUCAUCCACUCGUGCUCCCCAGAUGAGCAGCGCCCUCAAGCAGCACCAGAGGAAGCCAAACACAUUCAUCACCAAGCAGAUCUGGUGCUGUGUCAAUGCACCCGCACAGGCAAGCACUGCU